AUGAACAGGAUCCGGAUCCACGUCCUGCCGAGUAGCCGCAAUCGGCCAACGGUCCAGCAGCAGCCGGUGCGUCCUCGGGAGGCGCAGAAGUGCGCCUUCACGCAGCGGCCUUGUUCGCAGCCCCACCUUGACGGCUUCGACUUCUGCAUCAAGCACAUUCUGGAGGACAAGACGGCCCCGUACAAGCAGUGCAAUUACGUGUCCGCUAAGAACAACAAACGCUGCCCGAACGCUGCUCCGAAGGUCGACAGGAAGGACGGUGUGACCUUUUGCGCUGAGCACGCCCGCAGGAAUGCCAUGGCGCUCCGUGCACAAAUGAGGAAGGCGUCGUCCGGGCUUUCGCCAGAGACGCUCCUUUCUCAGCUGAGCGGCUAUAGCCACGCGGAAAUGCGCCGCCUGGAUGGAAGUCGCGCCGAGGCCAGUCGGAUUAUAGAUGAUGACAGUCCAGUGAGCGAGGAGGAGCCAAGUCCCCUAGUACUGGACCAGACGUGGCGAGGGGAUCCUGAAAGUGAAGCCGACAGCAUCGACAGCGGCCAUGAGGAUCCUCUCAAACACGCUGGCGUUUACACAGCAGAGGAAGUGGCGCUCUUCACUCGGGAGAAACUCAUCCGGCUGCAGUCACUCUACAUCGACCAGUUUAAACGCCUUCAGCAUCUGCUCAAGGAGAAGAAGCGUCGAUACCUGCACAACCGAAAAAUAGAGCACGAAACCAUCGGGAGCAGCCUUCUGACUGGACCUGAAGGCCUGUCGGCGAAGGAGAGGGAGAACCUGAAAAAGUUGAAAGCGCUCCGUCGCUACCGCCGUCGCUACGGUAUGGAGGCUCUGCUGCACCGCCAGCUGCGAGAGAGAAGACAGACGGUGACGGAGGGAGCUCCGCAGACGCACUCACGAGCACUGCAAGAGAAAUGCAUUUCUUUCGUGGAUGGAAAUCGAUGUCCCAAUCCGUGCCUUCCGCUGACGCGCCACUGUGUUUCACACAUCUUCCAAGAUGGCAACCAGGUACUUUUCAAAAGCUGCCCGGGCACCAAGGACGUCCCGUGCGAACGAACGGUCCACAUGGGCCAGUCGGACGAUCCCCGAUGCCCCCUUCACCUCCCCCUGCCGCCUCCUAUGCACCAGCCGGAAUGGGAGCCCCCUCCGCAAGAGCACCAGCCCCCCGCCAGCAGAGACCUGUACCUGAGCGCCGCCGAGCUUCAGCCCACCGAGAGCCUCCCCCUAGAGUUCAGCGACGAUCUCGACGUGGAAGGAGACGGCGCGCAGUGUCCGCCGUCCCCCCUGCAGUUUGACACGGCGCUGGCGCUGGAGGACCAGACCAUUCGCGCCAUCGCCGAGGCCCCGAUGGACCUCCUCACCGCCGACGACCCCGAUCAAGAGGACGUGUCGGGACAGGACGCCGACGAGAUCUCCGACGAGCAGAUGGCGGCGGGAAGCAAGGAAGACGCUCACAGAUGA